AUGAUUGUUUUAAACGGUUUAUGUAUAAACAAAACUGCUAUAUAUUUUAUAUUACUGUCGCUGAUCCCGCAAAUUGCAACUUAUUUACCAAGUCAUGACGGUGUAUCUCCACUGCUAAAGACAAAUACAAAUUCAAAGAAUGCAGGUGUUUAUAUGCGACUUAUGCCCACAGGAUUGGCGUACUUACGUGAAGUGGGUAUGAGAGUGGUAAAUGAUGAAAUUCUUCGGAUACAACUGCCCACUAUGCGAGAAAGUAUUGAUACUGGACGAGUUUCAAUACGUAAAGCAUAUGUAUCAAAAUACUGGGCACCAACUGAGUACAGUUUAGAUUUGUCUCCACCAAAUAUGUUCACCUGGUCUAUGUCAAAGAUGCAUAUAAGAGCAGCUGGAGACUUUGAGGCAAAUAUGAACAGUCCUCUACUGUUGCCUUCAAUGCCAAUCCGCGGACAAUUUGAAACCUUGUUGGGUCACGUCAGUAUGACUAUAUCAGUAAAAAUUGAAAAAUCACCACUUGGUACGCCAGCAGUAAGAACUGAGUUCUGUAAAACCGAAGUUGGUUAUGUCGAUCUGAACGUUAGAGAUACCGGAGUUAUUACCGAUUUCUUCAUUAAUGCUUUCAAGGCUUUUAUCAUCGCAAAUUUUAAACCAAUGGUGGAAGGUCGAGUGUGUCAGAUGGUGAAAAAAGUUGUUGAUGGUAAUAUGAACAAUUUUCUCUCAACGAUGCCGUUGCAGGUACCUCUAAGCGAAAAUAGCGUCAAUAUACUGGAACAAACAUUUGGUCUGGCUCCAAGAAAACCACUAAGUCGUUUCGGAGACGUCGGAGCUCGAAAUUUUACAUUAAAUGAGUUUAUCAAUAACCUUCGCCAGAAAAACUUAGUCAUGGACUUUCAGUUGAUACGAGAUCCAUUAAUUUCAUAUGGUGUUAUUGAUAUGUUUGCAAAAGGCGAAAUUUCUUGGAAGGGGUUGGGAAAAACACCUUUUGAUCCUCCAAACGUUCGUUUGCCACCUCCAAAUGGUAUACAUAUGGCUGAAUUUUAUGGAACGGAUUAUAUUGCUAACUCUUUGCUGUACCAUGCUUAUAAACAAAAGUACAUGGAUAUGGUAAUUGGUCCAGAAUCAAGCCCUCAACUGAAAACUCUGCUCGUUACUACCUGUGAUACUGGAUUCUGUAUUGGCGAAUUUUUGGGUACACUUUCAAAACAGUAUCCCGACAGGGAGGUUGAAGUACAUUAUUCGGCAAGUAAAGCGCCGGUGAUGAUAUUUGUUCAAAACCGAGCAAGAUUUCGUAUUCAUGGAAAAAUGAAUCUACUUCUAAGACCGGUAAACAACAGUCAAGUAAAAACAGUGAUUAUUCGUGCAGAAUCUGUAAUGACUUCGAAUAUUAAUUUACGUAUAAGCGGAAUGCGAAUAACUGGUAACGCUAGUGUCGAAAAACUCGAUUUCAAACUACUAGAGUCACGAAUUCAAGAUGUUGAUCAGGCUUCAUUUGGUGAUCUAGGUCUGUUUGGUGCAGAAUUCCUUGAGCACCUGUUAACAGAUAUAUUGCAAGUUGGAAUUAUGAUACCAACAAUGAAAGGCGUUGUCUUGCGCAAUCCAAAGUUGUCGUUACACGACCGGUAUGUAAAAGUAGAAACAUUUUUCAAGCUUGAUGAAGGAUUUGCCGGUCAAGUCGUCGAAGGUGCUGUACGACAAACACUGAACAACAUAGGCCGAUAA